AUGACGUUUUCAUGUGAAGAGGAUGAAAUUCUAGAUUACGAAGAACUGAUCGAUGAAGUCGAGACAAACGAUGAAACAGAAGAAACUGACGGCCAGGUUGAGGAUGGAUCAGAUGACGGACGCAAUGAUGAAACUAUGAAUGCCACAUCAAAAAAAGCGGACUUGGAAGCAUUAAAAAUAAAAGUUGACCAAACUUCAGGUAAAAAUCUGGUCUCUUCACAAACUGGAGUUCAUAAACGCUACAUCUUUAUUGGAAAUGUAGAGUUCAGCACAACAGUUAACGAAUUGAAGCUCCAUUUCAAAGCAUGCUGUCCAAUAGCUAGAGCUACCGUCUUCAGUGACAAAUUUACGGUCAACCUAAAGGGCCAGUUACAUACCUCCCAGCAUCCAGCCGCCGUACCUCAGUACUCAUUCCAUGCAAAGCGCCACUCACCUCAAGCUCCUCAGCACUCGUCCUACCUUCCCGGAUCAACUAGAGGCAGGGGAUAG